CGACCAUAAGUGAACAAGACGCAAGGGACGCCAUUAUUCAACACGCUAGCGAGCACUGUUGCUAUGGAAAAGCUCCUGCAGCGGACAUGCAGUUUACAGAUUUGGUUUCUUCAAGUGCUUUUCACUACACUCUGGAAACAUUUGCGGAGGGGCGGACAACGAAACGGGCCAGUCAGCCUUACAGGGGUGAGGGUUUGGUUGUGACCGGACCCGCACCUGCACCCUGGGACAUCCAAGUGCAGCCGCCACAGAUGUUCAAGACAAGCUCAGUGGAUAUCGAGAUUCCCAACACGGCCUCCGUGGAGCCUUGUGACAACUGUGGAGCGAGAGGCUUUAAGACAUGCUUCCAGUGUUUGGGGACAGGAAAGAUCAAAUGCAGCGUGUGUCAUGGAACCGGAAGAGAGCAUCACCAUGGACACGGAGAUCAUCACCAUGGCCACGGGGAGCAUCACCAUAGACACUGCUCAUCUUGCCAACAUGGAUUUAAAAUCUGCUUUUCGUGUAGUGGUUCUGGACAACACGUCUGUCACAAGUGCCAGAGUCGAGGAAAUCUUCGUGUCUUCAUUAUGUUGACAAUUACGUGGACAAACCAUGUGGAGGACCAUAUAGUAGAGAGGACUGCGUUACCCAGCGCACUGAUCAGAAAUGUGAGAGGACAAACAGCUUUCGAGGAGACCAGUACAAGAGUGUGGCCAAUCAACCAUUUCCCGGAGCAAGAAAUCAACUCUGCUUCUAGUAGUUUGGUUAGCAAACACGCAUCACAGUUUACUUGCGAGAGAAUUCUCAUGCAGAGACACAACCUCAGAAUUGUUCCGGUUACACAAGUAUUCUACAGCUACAAGAACCACAACUCCACUUUCUUUGUGUACGGAGAUGAGCACAAAGUUCACGCCCCUGAUUAUCCAGCCAAAUGUUGUUGUGGUUGUACUGUUCUGUAA